AUGUCAGAACACAAGGUGGAGGCAGUUAAGGAAUGGCCGGUCCCUGAGAAUAUCAAGGCAGUACAGGCAUUCCUCGGAUUUGCAAACUUCUGUCGCCGCUUCAUUGAAGGCUUUAGCAAAGUUUGCAAACCAUUAACUUAUCUCUUGCAGAAAGACAAGAAAUGGUAUUGGACGUCAGUACAUGAGCAAGCUUUUGAAGAACUCAAGAGGCUGUUCACAAGCGCUCCAAUCCUUCUUCAUUUUGACACUAGUAGAAGAACGGUGGUUGAAACGGAUGCCAGUGAUUUCGCCAAAGGGGCAGUGCUCUCUCAGUAUGGGGAUGAUGGAAAGCUACACCCGGUGGGUUUCUAUUCUAAGAAGUUCUCCCCUGCUGAGAUCAACUAUGACAUUCAUGAUAAGGAAAUGGGAGCUAUUGUAGCCUCUUUCCGGGAAUGGGAACACAUGCUCAAAUCUUGCGAGCAGGAGAUCACGGUUUUUACAGAUCACAAGAACUUGCAGUACUUUAAUUCUACCAAGGUUCUUACUAGGCAGCAAGCUAGAUGGUCUGAGGACCUCGUAGGCUACAAUUUUAAAGUUGUCUACAGACCGGGAGAAAAGAAUAGCAAGACUAAUGUGCUAUCUAGGCGUUGGGAUCACCGCCUUGGAGAGGGAGGUGAAACUCUGCAGCUGGAGCCAAAGAUCUUUUUUAGGCCAGGCCAAUUGGGUUUGGAUCCUGCAAAGCUAGCGGCUGUCAGGGUGAAUCAAUUGCAGAAUACAUUCUUAGAGCGCCUAUAUACGGCUGCUAAAGAGGAUAGUUUCUGGCAGGAACUGCACCGCUCCCUGGUUGAAAGGGAACCAAAUUUGGACCAGAACUUGUCGGUCAAGAACAGUCUCAUCUUCUACAAGAAUAGAUGGUAUAUGUAA